GGAUUUAGUUGUUGUAUGUAAUUUGGAUGCUUUUGCUGUUUUUGAUUCAUUUCGCUUUUAAAACGCCAAAGUAUAUGUUGUCGUUCAUUCGCUCGUUCGGUCGGUUGCGUCUUAUUUGCUUUUGGCUUGGAUUACAAUAUAAUAUAUUUUUUUUUGUUGUGCUGCGCAUCAGACAAAUUUAAAUUAUAAAAAACAUUUUUAUUUAACAAGUGAAAAAUAAAAAAAGUAAAUAAUUUUGAAUUUCAUUCAACUAAGUUGCAUAUCAUUCAAAUGAAGAAAUUUUCUCUAAAUUAUUUUGCCUGAAAAAUCAAUUGUUAUAGAGAAUAAAUGAGAUUUAAGUGAAAAUACAAAGGAAAAAAAAACGUAUCUACGGGUGGAGCCGCCGACGCUACACUAAAUGUGUGUUUUAUUUAAAUUCAACAAUAAAAAGAGAAAAAAUCUAAUUGAUAAUAAUAAAAAAAUUGUUUUAAUUUUACUUGAGAAUUAAAUAGCAACAGAAUUUACGUCUAGUUUUAUUUUAAAGAAAACUAAAAAAAAUACAGUGCGGAAGUUGUUGUUGUUGUGUUGUUAUCACAUACUACAUACAACUAAAAUUUAAACUAAAACAAUAGAAAAUAAAAACUAAUUACGUUUUUUUAAUAAUAUGACAUUCAAUUAUUAAAGAAAUAAAUACAUAAAUACUCAAUUAAAUUCAUUGAUUGUAUAUCUUAUUUGAACAAAAUCAACAACAACAUCAUCAUCAAUUAGUGUUUGACAUUUAUUGCCUUCAACAUGGAUAUAAAAUUUGUAAAUGUGCUCAUUUUGGGCUUCGGUUUCAUGUUUGUUUUUACCUCUUUCCAAACAAUGGGCAAUAUAGAGAAAACCUUAUUAGUAAGUAUCAAUAAAGAUGAUCCCAGUUUUAAAGGAGAUGGCUAUAUCAGUUUGGCCGUGAUUUAUGCCUCCUUUGCAUUAUGCAAUUGGUUUGCACCGUCAUUUAUAGCAUUCACCGGGCCACGUACAGCCAUGCUAGUGGGAGCAUUAACAUAUACAUUCUUUAUGGUAACAUUUUUGUUUCCCACAACUUGGCUGCUGUAUGUUUCGAGUGCUUUAUUGGGUGCAGGGGCCGCUAUUACUUGGACUGGUCAGGGCACAUUUUUGGCACGCUGUAGUGAUUCAGGCAAUAUAUCACGUAAUUCAGGCAUUUUUUGGGCUUUGCUUCAGUGCAGCAUGUUUUUCGGCAAUCUAUUUGUUUAUUAUCAAUUUCAAAAUAAGGAUCACAUUGACGAACAAACUCGUAGUUUAGUUAUUGGUGUUUUAAUAGCCGUGGCUGUUUUGGGUGUAAUAUUUUUGGCAACUCUCCGUUCGGUGCCGGAUAAUUCACAUAUGGACACAGAGUUGCAACAUCCACAAUCACCAUAUGAUCGCUCAAAGGUAGCUUUAGUUUCGGCUGGUAAAUUGUUUUUAACACGGGAUAUGCUGAUGUUGAGUAUGGCGUUUUUGUAUACAGGUUUUGAACUAUCAUUCUUUAGCGGAGUCUACGGACCUUCUAUCGGUUUUACUCAAAAAAUAUCGGAUACACCCAAAGAAAUUAUGGGAUUAGCUGGUAUUUGUAUAGGUGUAGGCGAAGUUUUCGGAGGCAGUCUUUUUGGUAUUUUGGCCUCGAAAACAACACGUUUUGGACGUGAUCCUAUCGUCAUAGUCGGCUAUGUUAUCCAUAUGAUAGCUUUUCUCUUAAUUUUCUUAAAUUUACCGGAUGCUGCUCCUUUCAAUGACACCGAUGAUAUGUCUUACUUUGAUCCACCCCAAGUAUGGAUUGCUUUAGUGUGUGCCUUGAUGCUGGGUUUCGGUGAUGCCUGUUUUAAUACACAAAUCUAUUCAAUGUUAGGUGGAGUAUUUGUUAAGAAUUCAGUGGGAGCAUUUGCUUUGUUUAAAUUUACUCAGUCAGUGGCUGCUGCCAUAAGCUUCUUUUAUUCUUCACAUUUGGGUUUAAGAGCACAAUUGGGUAUAUUGGUAGUGACUGGCACUAUAGGCGCUGCCUGCUUUUGUAUUGUUGAAUGGCGUGCCAAGAGACGGGCUCGCGAAGAGUCUCAAGAUGUUUCAGAAGUAUCUGAAUCAAUUUCCGAUUAUCAUAAAUAAAUCAAAAUCUUUGACUUACUAUUAU